CUGGCUCGCCAAAUCUUCACAUUGUGAAACGCCAUGAAUAUCGAACAGCUGUUAGAAGCUGCUAAAAUCAUCGAGCAAAGAGAUGAAGGUAAGUUUUGUUCGUUUUCUGCCAAAAUUUCGCGGCACAUGUCGUUCUCACGCCCCGCUAAUGUCCUCUUUCCGCCCCAAACUACAGCGAAGAAACGAAGCCAGGCGUCUGUCAAACGGGAUAAAAAGCAAACGAAACGUUCACCCAGCUACAGGUAAGACUAACACCCUCUCCUUUGAAAGUUUUUGAUCAAAAACACUCGUCCAAGGCUUUCUGCCACGUUGCAUGCGUUACGGUGAAAAUUUUGCGCUCGAAUUAUGGCGCCCAGUGUUUUGUUCGGUGUACCUUAUGUACACAGCAGAUGUGAAGUACCUUAACGGCUAUUUCUUUCUUCUGAAACAUCAUGAAAGCUCUUCAAAAAUUCUCUAUGUAAGGGAAAAGAAAUACGAAAGUAGCAAGUGUUGUCAGUUCCAUUCUACAAGGCUGAAAUUGAUUUUGUGAAAUAAGCAUGUUGUCAGCAACUGAAAACGCUUCCUCCAGCAGUUUUUCUCCUAGGGUAUUCCCCCAAGACAGCGUGGGAUGUAUUUGCAGGGUUCGUUUCGGUCUAAAAAUUUUAUGUUGACAGACUGUCGUACCUGUAAACCUCUAUAAUGUCCGUAAAGUGUGGGGUCUGGAGUUUCGUGCUAGCGAAGUACCACUCGCGGCUUUUCUUUCUGUCUCUAAAGUUUCAUGCAUGUUUUAUAAACACAACGUUGCCCUCGAGAACUUGUAUCUAUCUGUUGUCCAGCCUGUGGGAAUUGAUCAGGUUUUUUCUUGUAUUAUGUAUUUUCUUCCCUCGGAGAAUCAAUUUUCAUAACUCUUUUAGGUGGUUCGUUAACUAAUGACAAUCUUUCACCUCUUUACUUUCUAUAUAUUACCCACUGUCAAUGCUACCAGCCGUACAACACAUAACCAGUUGGAGAAAAACCGGUAAGUAUGCACGACCAGCUACAUCACCUAGAACGAGCAUUAAAUCACUAAGCAGUUUAAUCAGGAACUCAAAAGCUUUCAAGGAGGAAGAAACAUAUUUUUUUGUCAAUGUGUGUUUCGGUAGGAGGUUUCCGCUCGACAAAUGUUUCGCUCUUUUGCCACGUGGCCCAUCAAAACAACAGAUUGCACGUGCAAAAUACAUACCAAGUUGAAUACGUAUGCACGCGUGAGAAGUGGUUUCUUUAUAAACCAUAAGUCUAGUCUUUCCAAUGCUAAAUCGCUAGGGGAAAAAGAGAAUUUUAAUUCUUUUCAAUGUCACCUUAACUAUUGAAAUGAAUAUUUUGAUUGAGGUCCAGAUGGAUUGCACAGAUCUUGGGCGCCAAAAAUAAAAUAUCGCGGGUCAGUAAUUUUCCUAGUGGUGGAUGUUAUUGGUGCAGUGCAAUUAUUUCGCCGGGUACCAGUCGCGCAAAUUUUCCGCCUAUAUCGUCAGGCGAAUUAAAGAGUCCAUUUAGCGAUAAUAAUCUGUUUCUAAGCUUCAAAUUGAAAAGGAAAUUGUGCUUGAGGCUCUUUAUACUGGAAUUAGGCCUUUUUUAAAAAUGACCAGCUCGCUGCCCAUCCUUUACCCAAAAUCACGCCAUCCCAAUUAAUUGAAGAAAAAAAAAAUGUAUUCUGUCGUGUCUGAUGAUGGAAGCUCUCGCUUGCGGAUGAUGUUCCAAGCUAUUUGUUUUUAAAAGCCAAUAGCAGGUUUCAUUAGCCUCAAUGUUAAAAUAUGGUAAUGUAUUUAGUUUCUUUUCUCCUUAUUCCUUCAUCAGGCGAGCUCACCUAAGAGAUUGUCUAGAACUACUAAAAGAACUUGUUCCUUCGCCACCGGAACAUCAAAAAGCUACCACAUUAGCAUUACUUCAGAGUGCUCAACAAUAUAUUCAGGUAAACAUUACACUUCAUUUUUUCUUAAUAUAUAGUGACUUUGAUUCUAAAACUACGAUACAAUAACUUUUGACGUUGAAAGGUUUUUGUUAUUAUUUGGCUACUGGUGCAAUAGAAUAGAAGAGGGUUAUAGGUCCAAACUAGCUAUUUGAGAAUGCUACAGAUUUGCCAAAUGCAAAUCUGGUAUCUUAUGUUUUUACCCUAUGAAUCAAAAGUGUUCAAGCAGAUGUUUUUUGGAAGUUGAAAAUAAAAGCAAAGGCUUGCAUGAGAAGAGGAGAAAAAAGUUUAAUUGUGAUGAAAUCAAAAUAAUUGGUUCAGCUAGCCCUUUUUAUAUUCCGUAAUUUUAAAGAGUUUUUUUUUUACAGCCUGAUCUGUUUACCACUAGGGACUUAAUAUAUGUGAAUUAAAUGUGUACAGUUUUUAUGCAAAUAAGAAAUGUUAAUGAGUUUUUUCUAUUUUGAGCUUCAAAUAUAUUUCCUUCAUAUGAAUUUGUCUCAAACAGAGCUUAGACGAAAAUAUCAUCUUUUAUUUCCUGUGUUGCCAUUCUUGUACAAUAAGACAAAAAUUCCAAGAGGUUUUCACUUAUGACUAUCCAGUGGCUUUGUUCCAUAAGUUUUAAUUUUUGUAACACGUCUUUUAAAGGCUUUCUACAAGGCUGUCAGUUUAAAAAAUUUUCUGUUUUACGGAGAGGAGAUUAAAAAAAAUUCCACUGGGCAGCCCUGAAAAUAAAAGACAUAACCUUUGUUCGGUAUUUACAAUGUAAAAGAAGCCGAUUGUUAAUUACUAUGAAUACUGUAGAGAAUAGCUGUUCUAUAUAUUUUCUCUUGGGAAAAUAAUUCUUUUGUUUUGGAGAUAAGUGUGACAUUUUUUACUGAAAGAAUCAGGGCAAUUCUGCUUCUGUUUUGGUGCCCAAAGGAAAAUCAUCUCUCCCUUUAAAGAAGGCUCAAACUGGUGAAGAACAUUUUCCUUUUUGAAGAUAAAGUUGAGAUGCCCCCCCAAAAAGAAAAGUAUCCCGCCGACAUUAUUUAGAGCUGCACUGCUUGCAUCUAGUUGUUGGAGCUGCUAAAGUGUGAAAAAUUACAGGUGCAAAGUUCUUGGAAUUGUCAUUAUAAAUUUGGCUUUCAAAAUUAAUAUUGUUGAGCUCAAAGGCAGGUUAAGUCUUCACAGAAAGAAGAAAGGUUUUUUGUUAGCAUACAGCUUAAUCCAAACAACCAUGUACAUGUUUGUAACAGAAUUUUACCUGAAAUGUUCUUGUUUUUGGGAUGUGAAUAAAAUGUUUGAUAAAUAUGAUAGCUUGAUGGGUGGUGGCCUACUUACUUCAUAACAAAGUGAUUUGCAUAAAAAUAUCAUGACAUUGUAUGGACAUGGAAAUUACUUUGAUUAAUAAUAAUGCAGUGUUAGCUUCAAACAUUAGCUUUGAACUUGGUAAUGUUGACGUCCCAAACGUUUGUUACAUGUAUGGCUGCGCUUUUAGCGUGUGCUUAUUUUUUUAACGUAACACUUUUACAUGGCCUCAGUAUCUGCAGCCAACAGAUAGGGUCUUGUAAUCUGCUUAGAAUUAUGACUCUUGUUAAUUAUACAGGCCUUAUUAUCUGACUGGUGGAUGGCAGUGUUUUUAGUCCUUCUGAAGCUGGCUUUUAUAGAGAUUAGUCUUCAAAAAAUGCCUUUCAUAGUUAAACAUGGUUAUAAAACGAUACACUUCUUUGAAAUUGGUCUGAUAAUGCUUCAAGUUAUUCUCCAACAGUCAUGGUUAUGCUAUGUUUUUGGUUCAUUUUUGCACACAAAUUGCACAAAAUUGAAAUUUUAAGUUGAGGUAAAUAUAAAAGCCUCUCUACAGCAACAUGUGGAGGAAUACAGUAGAACCCUGUUAAUAGAGACACCAGAGGGAUUUUCUGAAGUGCCACGAAUGUAAUUAAGCAGGCUUUCCAAGAUAAAUGUCAAGGACAUAAAAAUUUGUGGUAUGUUUUAUUAAUAGCAAAAUCAAGGUAUAGGACUGCUAGGACAUAUAUUUUAUAUAAAAACAAGUUCAAGUUGUAGAACAUAUAUUUUAUAUAAAAACAAGUUCAAGUAGUUUGUUGAUACUUUUGGUAGAUGGUUAGAAAAUAAUCUUGCAUAUUCAUGUAUGCCUUAAGUAUCCAGUUUAGCUUCAGUUAAUUGAAGUACCUAAAAAUGUUUUCCUUAUGGUCCAUGUAUGGGCCAUUCCAAAGUAAUUUAAACAGAAAAUUAAAAAAAAGUAGCUGAAGAGUAAAAUAAAAAUGCUAGAAUGGUGCUACAUAUGCCAUAUCCUUAUGUGGAUAUUCAUGCAGCCCUAUACAUUAAUUUUAUUAUACAUGGUUCAACACAUUUGAAUACUUUAAAAUGCAUUGCAACGUUUCUCAAUGAUUCGUAAGGCAUUUGCAACAUUUGCCAUGAAUGCGUGCAACUUUGUCAAAUGAUAAAGAAUGAUUUUCCAGUGUUGUUCAAAGCCUUUUUUUGCGUGACGAUAGAAGUGACCUUUUUACAAUGCGCUGCACACCUACCCAUGCUCCCUGGGGAAAAGCGUUGCGUGACAACUCUAGAGUGCAAAACAUAAAUCGGCACAUUGUGACUAGACAUAAACUACCUUUGUCGAUCAAACAAGCGCCUAGUGCGGAUGGACCGAAAUAGAAAGUAUAGUUGUUUUCAGCACUUGGAUACAAUGUAAAUAAAGCCUUUAAAAGCAGUAUUGGAAAGUAACAUACUUUGAAUGAAAAAAAAAAGCUUCAAAUUGCAUUGGAUUAUAUAUUUCAUGCUUCGAUACUAUCACAUUAUUAGCUAGUCCCAGUGAAAUAAAUAUCCGGCCAAAAACCGACGAGCCAUUCAGUUUUUUCUGGUUUGGUUGAAGAAGAUUUUGCUAAGACUCAGGAAGAUCAUAACCUUGAUCGUACUUGGAAGUUGAUAAAUUUUAAUAACAGAAACAUCAUUUAAAUAUAAUUUUUAAAGAACAAAAAGUCCAAAAAUAUUCUGUUUCUUUUUGUGUUGUGAAUGGAGUGUCAUUUGUCUAGUUGUUUCUAGAAAAUGAAUACUGUAUCCUUUGUGAAACCUGAUCCUGUGAACUACUUCGUUUCCUAGCAGGUGACCGAAAGUCUACUACAAAAUUUCAUUGCACAAUGUUUUCUUAAGAGUUGAUUUGGAGUGGAGAAAUCUAUUGUACAAAUAUCGUGGUUUCUAGACUUAUUUUGAAGAUGAGAAGUGAAGAUAUGUUUCUUGAGAAAUUAUGUAUUUUACUGCGUUUUCAUUCGGUUACAUGGCAACAUUUUUUCAAACUUGAAUAUGCGCAACUUGUCUCACAAGCUAUCAAAGCAGACCACGAGGCAGCUGAGCAUUUCGUUUGUCAUCCAUGAUUAUCAACUAAUCAUCAUUGCGAUGAACGAUUCCAAAAAUUGGUUAUCUUUGUAUGCUGAUUGGCUCCGAAUUAUAAAUCUAUUGUUACUUACUUUUGGAAAACGAACUCAAUAGCAAUGGUGACUACUGGGGCAUGCGCAGUAGUCACCAAAAAAAACAAUCAAAAUUGUUUAAUGUACUCAUUUUUUUAAAAUUAUUUUAUCGUUUUUCAUUUCAAGGCUGUGUUCUAGCAAAAGCUGAGGGCUCUGAACAUGCAUGUAUGAAAUCCAGGGUGCCCUUUACAGUGUAUAAAAAUUUUUUAUUGAUUUUUUGCAUAAAACAGGGUCACUGAAAUUUACUUUUCAGCUAAAGGUGAAACUAGGUUGUAAGGUUGGUUAAUUGAGAGGGUGUGCUAAGUCAGUAGUUAUAUUAAUAAAUCCUAGCCUGAUUUUACCGGGCUUGUGAAGUUGGCCAGAAACUAUGUAUUAGGGGUCACAAAAUGUUAUAGACAAAGCCUUGUUUACACUUUUUGCCUCAUUAAAAUAUUCUUAUUUUUACCUGAUAAAGCUAAUAAAAUACAAUUUCUGAAUAUUUGAAAGAAAGUAAUGAUUGUCGUGAAAGAUAUAAAUCAUUGUGGAUAAUAUGUAUAAAGGGUUUAAGUUUCAUCCUUUGUCUCACAAUUGUCACUUUGGUAUUGAUCAUGACUUUUUGACCGCGCACUCCAGGUCUUCAUCAGGUGAUAGGCUCGAUUUACUGAGUCAUACUAUUUGAUUUCAGAUAUCUUUGUAAUUUUGCGCCUAAUAAACCAAAUACUUUUGAAGAAAUUUUCUUUGUAAAACCCCAAACUUUAGAAAAACGUAUGUCGAACAUUUUUGCCAUUCACUGCCAUUUCGUAGUUUUGAUUGCUGCUAGUUCCAUUGUUAUUGAUUGCAAAGAGGUGAAACUUGUAGAAAGUGCUCACAUUAACCAGCUCUUUCAACGUUUGAAUGAAAUUUGUACAUAGGGCAAUGUCCUCUAUGAGUUUAUUAUGCUUGUGAGCAAAAAUGUAAACAAUGACAUCAGCAAGGAUUUGACUAUAACAAUGGUGUUUUUGAUUCAAAUGUUAUGAAACAUCCUGUCUUGGCUCACUAAGUGAAAAAGAAAUACAUGUAUAUAUUGUUAUUGUAGUUAUUGCAAGGUGAUGCAACUGACAUUUUAUGUCCAAGUGAUAAUGAUAUAAGUAAAUAAGAUUUGGUUUUGUUAGGUCUUUGAUCUUUUUUUCAGUUAUAAUCAAGUGAUCUGAUUUGAACAUUUGAUUAUAGUUGUUUCAAAUGUUGUACUUUUUGCAAAAUAUUUCUCAAUAAAAACCAGUGAAAUGAACUUAUUUUAAAUUGCUUUCUUACGCGAUAAACAAGAACUUAUUACAUGACCAAAAUCCUCAUUUUUUAAGUGGUCAGAAAUACUUUGGAUUACAACCAUUGAAUUGACUUAAUAACAAGUUGGACAUUUUUGUGCUGUUAGUUACAGUGCAACUAGCAACUGCCAUAGCAAAAUUUUACAUGUACAUUGUAGAUCCACCAUCCAUGCUCAGUGGCAGUGUAAAAUAAAACUAACCCCCUAAGAGGCCCUGCCAGGGUAAAUUCCGACAAGCGACAUGGCCUAAAAAGUAGCGACAGCGUGUAAAAUGAAAUCACCACAAGAGACAACCUCCCCCGGCCAAAUUGCGACGAAGACGGCAAAGCCGACAAUAAGCGACAGGCAUUUAUAAACACCGACCCGAGACGUUUUAAAAUUCAGACGGGCAAUUUGGGACCCCCUGUCAGGGCCUCCCCGAACCUCUAAAUCUGUGGACGAAAUCCUGUGGUGUUAUCAUCAAAUGAAGCCUCUUUGCAGAACUUUUGCUUAGCCGAGUGCCAUUUAUUUCUAAGAUUUCACAAGAGAAAUUUGAUAUUUUUGUGAAAUGCUUCUUCAGUCAAUUUCCUAUGCAGCCAUGCAUUUUUUGUCUCGUCAUGCAAUGCCCGUCCUCAUAUUAAAUAGGUGCUGAGACCUGUUCACUCACUACAUUCCAUUCCACACAUAUAGCUAAUUUGACUUCUGCUUUUAUUUUCUGGAAGUGAUGCACACCAACUUCAUGAUACGGUGACUCCUGUCUCCAAUCUCCUCCUUCAGUCUUGCUGUAAGUGAUAUUACACAUGAGACUGACAAAGCAAUUUCAAAAUGUUUGGACUAGCUAGGAAGAGCUCAAUCCAGUGUCAUCUUCACAAUCUUAUUCCAAACUUCUCAGAUAAAAUGAUAAUCAGGAGCUUGCAGAUUGUAGCAGCUGUGUUGAUUGUAAAUGUGCGUUGAAGUUCUGGGGAAUCAAUGACUAAGUUUGCCAGAUUUCUUGUGUUCAGCGUACCAAUACCCUUGAGAAUUUGCAUCAUUCACAGCAGCAUAAAGAGCACAUUCAUUAUGGGAAAUUCAUCAUAUACAUUGCAAAAUUAACAAACCCCUCUUUUAAUGAGAAACUUUGACAGAUGUGGGCAAAUAAACAUGAAAUGAAUGAUUUGUUGAAAUUAAGAAGCAGUUCUUUUCAUUAUGCCUUCUUAAUGUCUUGUCAAGUUUCUGAAACAUGAUUGAUUUGUCCAUGAGACCAUAAACACAAAGGGAAAGGAAUGUUGUGUGGUUCUCACCAGCUACAGCUUGUGGGGAGUAACAUUGCAUGAUGACACAAAGAACAGCUGCAUAUUAGAAGGGGCAGGAGCAGCGUGCAAAGAAAGUCGUGUCCGAUAGCCCAGGGCUAGUGGAUUUUGCAAUCGGGCCAGUGAAUUCUGUUCUUAACUUGCCGGAAGGGCAGGGAAGGUUGUUGGGGAAUUCAAGUUACAGAAGAAUUGUAAUCAAUGCUGCUAAUCAACAUUUUUUGGGGGCUAGUGAAAAAGACUCUUGGGCUAGUACAUACUAGCAACAACUUGUCCAAAUGGCAAGCCGUAAACUGACUUUCUUUGCACCCUGAGGAGUCAACUUGUAUGCUGCUGUGACAAUAUCAUGUGCCUUUAUGAUGACUGCUUUUUGAAAACUGUUGAAACAGCAAUUUGAUCAUUACUUAUCCGGUAAUAGUAUUGGCAAAACCAACAAAUUGUGUUCUCCACUGAAAUAUUUUCAAGGCUGUGCUCUAGCAGAGCUGAGUGGCCCGUGGCACCUAACUUUUGUUCUUGGGCAACUAGAAAAUCUUAGCUUUUUCAUAGAAAUCAUAAGGAGGGCAGACUGGAUUUCACAAGUUCAGAGCACUGGGCUCCCUUCAAUUUUUUUUAGAACACAGCCUUGAUAUUGAUCCAGUGGAUAGGGUUAUCGAUGCGUUAUCCACCUUUCAGACAACUGGGGCCUGCUAGUUAACUUUUGCUGAUCUCAUGCGUCUUUAGGCAUUACAAAUGUCAGAGAGGGAAGCAUUGGAUACAAAGAGGAAACUGAAUGAGGAGCAUUUUGCACUUCAAAGAAGACUUGCCUCCCUUCAAGGCCGCAGUGACAAAUUGAUGAUGGGUAUCAAGAGGCCUCGUCAUUCAGAAGGCGAGUCCUCCACCAGCAGUGAAGAAAUAGAUGUAGAGAAUGAUGAAGAAACAGGAUAUGUUAGCAGUGAGUCUGAUGACCGCUUUAGUAUUGGUAGCAGUACUGGUAGUGAUGGUGGAUUAAGUGUAAACUCUAGAAGAGUUUUUAAAUCUUCCUAAUUCUUGGCAUGCUACUCAGUGAAGUUUUUCAUUGUUUCACUGUGCCAUACAUGUUUCAACACUUACUGGUAUUGAGUCCAUAUUAGUUAAUUUUUAAGUUGGUUUUUAAAAAAAUUAUUAUUAAGGGGUGGGUUUGGGGGGUCAGUCUUGUUAGAUUUUAUUAAAAAGAAAAAAUUGUCAGCUGCGGGGGAAUGUCACAAUUUCCUGCUUCUCUGGCAAGAUACAGUACACCACUGUGAAAAAAUUUUAGAACUACAUGGAUUAAAAGGCACUUAGUCCUAAUCAUCUUCAUUAAACCUUCUGAAAAAGCUUCAAUCUGUUCUCACAGAAUCUUUAGAAUGAUUCUUGGUGUGUGUACAAAAUUAACAUAUAUCCGUCUGGAGAUAAAAAUUAUCUUCACUAUUUGUAUCAAAAAGUUACUCGAUGACUUGAAUACUUGCUUAAGGCUGUUUUUAAAUGUCCUUAUACAGGGCCAUACUUCUAUUAAUGUAUCAGCUUAAGCAAUAUAUCUUGCAUCAACUAACAACCAUCUCAUCUUUGAAGAUGGGAUGUCAAACGUGUGAAAAAUAAUAAUAUAUCCUGUAAGAGUUGUAAAUAAGGGAAUUGUGUACUACAGAACUCGGCCAUCCAAAAAUAUAUUGAAGAUCUAAAUGAUUUGAAAAAUCAACUAUUCUUGGUUUGCAACCGUGUAACAAGGCGGCCAUGUUGAGGGUCAGAACAAUAGAAUUUUUUCUCAAAGAAUUUACAGCGAUGAAAAAAGAGUUUAGUUCCCAGAGGAGAGAAAUACUUUUGUUCUUGACCGCCAACAUGGCCAUUGUGACUUGUGCAAAUGAGCAAUACAGAGUGACUUAACCACACAGAUUCUUUAGCGUGUCAGUUGUCAGUCUUUUUUAUCCAAGGCAGUGCUCUAUGAAGAAAAAAUGAAGAAGGACCAUGCUCUAAGCUCUAAACUUUUGAGAUACAUGGUUUUAAGUCCCACUUGGGGGUUCUCGACAAAGGUUUAUAUGGAGAAGCUUCAUUUCAAGGUCCAACCCCUUACCAUUUUGUAUUCCUUUUUUGACGGAAAAGUUUCCCCUUUUAUGUACUUUCUAUUGACAAAUAGUACCCUUUUACGAACCAUAUAUGUACUUUAAUUCACAAAAACAGAGUGUUUUCUCAAUUUUUUUUCACAGCCAUAAAAGAGAUAUGUUUGCCCUUUUAGACUGAAAUGGCAUAUUUUGCUACCUUUCCAUAUACUUCAACUAGUGAAAUUUCUGCCCUUUCAUACACCUGGCUCCUGAAAAAGUUACCGCUUUUCGAUGGAGCCUCUCCGUAUAGGUUAGAGAUCUGGCAAGAGGGAACCAGUCAGUUAUGCAUUCAAACAGUUUUUUUUCAUUAUAAUGAUUCCCCCCUGCCCCCAAUCUGCGACCUAGCUUAUGAUUUCCAUGAAAAAAAUUAAGAUUUUCUAGUUGCCCAGGAACAAAAACUAGUUGGCAGUGGCCACCCGUCACUGCUAGAGCACUGCCUUGUGCCUUGUGGGGGAAUUAGGCAAUAAGCAGGUGUUGUAAGACUUUGUCAACUGUCUUAAGCCAGAGCCCACUGGAACUGGCACUCAGUGCCCAUUUUAGGGGAAUAACAGCUUGAUAGAGAGUCGAAGAAAGAAAUGACACUCGCAGAUGAAUGGCAGGCAGACCAAUCCUAGCCGUCCAUUUUAGGGAGGUACCUGUUGAGAGAAAAUUGACAGUAUUAAGUAGGGGUGUUCUAAAAGUUGGUGUUGUAGUCAGCUGAAGUUAUGAUUGAAAAGUUUAUCAAAAAGAAGAUUCUCUGAAAACAGCAAGACUGGAAAUGACAUAGGUGGUACAAUAUCUAUGACAAACAGUGUGCAAAGAAAGUAGUGUCUGGUAGCCCAGGCCUGGUGGAUUUCCUAUUAGGCUUGUGAAUUCUGUUCUUAACUUGCCAAUGGACAAUUCACGCUUUUUGGGGAAUUUAAAUUACAGGAAAACUGUAACCAAUCCUGUUCAUCCAAAAAAAUUUUCGAGCUAGCUGAUAUGACUUUUUGGCUAGUAUGUUCUAGCUACAGCUUGCACGAAUGGCAAGCUGUAAAACUGACUUUCUUUGCACCCUGAGUGACAAAGAUAGCUUUUCUGGUCAACUAAUCCACCAGGUUGUAACAAUUGCUGUUAUUAAGGAAUGUUUUUAUUCUGAUUAUUAUUCCUAAAAUUAAUUUUUAACAAGCUAGGUAUUUUCAUUGAAAAACUUACAAAGGCUGGUAACUAUGACAAAAUAUUCUUAUUUUCAGUUUGUUAUCAUGUUUGUAACAAGAGUCGAUUUGUUACGCAAAGUUUUCAGACUGUUUGGCUAUGUUUAUUCACUCUAUAGUGGAUAGUAUGAACACCUGUCUGAUAUGAUUCUCCACUUGAGAAAUCGGCGCAGCGCAGCUUUGUUCUGUCACAGAAAUCGCACCACCACAACUGUUCGUAUUUGUGAACAGAACCCCUAUCCAGUAUGAUUUUCGUGGCGACAGAAAAGCUCUCCGGUAUUGUGUGAAUAUAGCCUUAAUUCUGAACAAAUUUUGCCAGGAGACUACCAGUGUGGUCUUUACCAGUAAAAUAAUAUUAUUGUCCACCUUUUCAGUCAUGGAGGUCACUGCAUAAGGAUUAUGCUUAAAAUCCCUUUGUGGGCUUAGAUUUACUCUUUUUUUCUGUAGAUAAUAAUUGUAAAUUUUCCUUACCAGUGUAAAUGUCAGGUUCAUCACCAAAAUAUUCUAUAAAUAAUUAUUAAAUAUUUAUGAUAUGGGGCUCUUUCAGGGUACCUAAUUAAUAUCUCCUAUCCAAUCACUUUUUCAUCUGUGUAUAAUCUUGGAUGGUAGUGUUUGUAUUUUUAAUGUGAUCUGUAAAUAAUGUGUAUUUUUGAGCAAAAAAAAAGUGUACCUAAAAGAUGACAUUUUUAUAAAUUAUUAUUGCCAGAGUUUCAAGGAAUAGCAAAUAAACUCGCGUUUGAAC